CGUAUUGCUUUAAAAAAUAUCUGUGGGUUUGUUUACGGUUUCAUCUGUAGAGCAUUAUGUAUCUAUAGUCAAUUUUUUAUUCUUUGUACGAAGAAAGGCAUGCAAAUGAGUCGUAUGAACUCUCCAUCUGUUGGUGACGACGAUGGGGGCGUCGGUCACGCGUUGAGUGACUUUCUCUUGCAACUUGAAAACUACACACCUUCAGUUCCCGACUCUGUAGUUGCUUAUUACUUGAAUAUGUCUGGCUUCGAAUCGCAAGAUCCGAGGCUUAUCCGCCUCAUAGCACUAGCGGCACAGAAAUUUCUCUCUGAUAUUGCAAAUGAUGCUCUCCAGCACUGCAAAAUGAGGACCUCCAGCCAAAUAUCAAUGAGCAAAAAUCAAAAAGGACCAAAAGAAAAGAAAUAUGUAAUGACAAUGGAAGACUUAGUGCCAGCAUUACAAGAAUAUGGAAUUGUUGCAAAGAAACCACACUAUUUUGUGUGAAUUUUAUGUGAGAUGAACUUUGAUCUCAAAUUGUGUAUUUUUUGUAAGUGAAAAAUGAUAAAUUUAAUAUUUAUAAAACUGUUGAGAAAAAGGUUAUGCUGCUAAAUCUGUUGUACAACUCUAAACUGUAAUCAAAAUUACUUCACAAAUAUAAUAUACAACUUAUAUUACCAAGUUAUAUCUUAUAUCUUAUGGUGGAAGCUUGCUUACAUCUUAGCAUAUUAAUACAUAUACAUACAUUACAUUAUUUACAUAGCUAAAAAAACUAUAAUAUAGUACACAGGUUAUCAUUGUCCUUCUUGUCAUAUGAUCGGCAUGUUUUGGUAAGAAAUAGCAAAUAGGUGGUGUGAGGCAAAUAGCAAAUAGCAAAAUCAGGUAGGUGUUGACUAGUCCUAAAAAUAAGGUACAGGGCUGGGUGUAGUGUGAACUAUCAUUCCUAUAAAUCAAAAUCAUUUAAGACAUACAGAAGUUAUACUUGGUGCUAAAUCUAGACUCUGAAUCUUAACCUUAGACUAGGACCCCAGUUGUACAUCUGAUUUAGUGCUAGUAUAUACCUUAAUACAUGUACACAUCUGUAGAGUAGAAAAAUAUAUCAUUAAAUAUAGGUGAUUUUUUUUGGUUUUAAAUUAAUUAGCUAUUCCCUUGUUCUAGUCUCCGAUUCGAACCCAGGACAACAAAGGAAUGAGCUAUCAAGAUGUGAUGUUCAAAAUGUAUUUAAGACUGGAUACAAUGGGAGAAUUAAAAUGAUUGCCCUACAGAUUUUGUAUUUUAAUUGAUAAAUUAUGUUAUUAGAGAUUUAAGGUAAUUAAAUAAAUGGAUUGAUU